UCAGAGCGCGCUGGGCGGCGCGAGGGGCGGGUUGCAGCCGAGCGAGGUAUCAACGCGUCUGGCGGUCGAGUCCAGCCAGCGCUCCUCGGCUUCCCGGCCAGCUCCGUUCGCUCGUCCCGCUGUCGUGCAGCCAGCGGCCCGCAGCGCGGUGAUCUGGGGCUCCACGGGGCCGGGCUGAGCGGCCGCCGCCCGCCCCGAGCCGCCGCCGCCGCCCGGCCGCCCGCCCGGCUUGGCCGCCGAGGCGCCUGGCGGGGUCCGCGCCGCCGGGGGCGGGCGGCUCGGGCUGCGGGGCGGCUGGCGCGCGCGCGCCGCGGGGCGGAGAAGCGGGCCCGGGGGCCGGCGAGCAUGGAGGAGAAGUACCUGCCGGAGCUGAUGGCGGAGAAGGACUCCCUGGACCCCUCCUUCACGCACGCCCUGCGCUUGGUGAACCGAGAAAUAGAAAAGUUUCAAAAGGGAGAAGGCAAGGAUGAAGAGAAGUACAUUGAUGUGGUGAUUAAUAAGAACAUGAAGCUGGGACAGAAAGUGUUGAUUCCUGUAAAACAGUUUCCCAAGUUCAACUUUGUGGGGAAGCUUUUGGGUCCGCGUGGCAAUUCUCUGAAGCGCUUACAAGAAGAAACGUUGACAAAAAUGUCCAUCCUUGGAAAAGGUUCCAUGAGAGACAAAGCAAAGGAGGAAGAGCUGAGGAAAAGUGGAGAAGCGAAGUACUUCCACCUCAAUGACGACCUGCAUGUGCUCAUUGAAGUGUUCGCUCCCCCAGCUGAAGCGUAUGCCCGGAUGGGGCAUGCCUUAGAAGAAAUCAAGAAGUUCCUCAUCCCUGACUAUAAUGAUGAAAUUAGACAAGCACAGCUCCAGGAAUUAACAUAUCUGAAUGGAGGUUCAGAAAAUGCAGAUGUUCCGGUGGUUCGAGGGAAAGCCGCUUUGCGCACACGAGGUGUGACCACACCAGCAAUAACCAGGGGAAGAGGAGGAGUCACAGCCAGGCCUGUUGCAGUUGGGGUACCACGUGGGACACCAACUCCCCGAGGAGUCCUUUCCACCCGAGGGCCAGUGAGCCGGGGAAGAGGACUUCUCACUCCCAGAGCAAGAGGUGUCCCCCCAACUGGAUACAGACCUCCACCACCACCCCCAACGCAGGAGACCUAUGGAGAGUAUGACUAUGAUGAUGGCUAUGGCACUGCAUAUGAUGAACAGAGCUAUGACUCCUAUGACAACAGCUACAGCACCCCAGCCCAGAGCUUGUGGCAGCCUUUCCGAGGGUCCUUGGAUAGAUCACUUUGUGUCUCUGAAGCUGCUUCCUCAUCCCACGUCAAACUCGGAGCUGAUUACUAUGAUUACGGGCACGGACUCGGCGAGGAGGCUUACGAUUCCUAUGGGCAAGAGGAAUGGACUAACUCAAGACAUAAGGCUCCUUCGGCGCGGACGGCGAAGGGCGUCUACAGAGACCAGCCAUAUGGCAGAUACUGAUUGUACUGUCUGAUGUUGUGAAAUAGCCAAUCUCCACCGUCCUGUAUACUGUUCAAAGUAAUUUUUUUCUAUGAACAAUCCCUUUUUAAAUAAGUCAAAAUGCUUAAAAUCUGAAUGGAUGGAACUUUAAACCACUUUGUUGAAGCAUCCACUUGGCAGGGAGAAGGACAUGUAAAAUUUUGUUAUUUGCAGUCUGUAUAUGAAAACUAGGUCAUGAAAAGGAAAAAAAUAACUUUGAUUAACUAGUGUUAAACAAAAAGAUAGGUUUACUAAAUAUGUUAAUCCAUUCUUUUAACAUAAGCCUCACCUUUCAUUUUAAAGGUUUCCAUAGAAUUUAGUUAUUUUAUCGUUCAGCCAUAUGCUAGUUUUUUUUUUUUCUUGCCAACUUGCGUAAAAAGGGAGCCGAUUACAAGUGCAAACAAUGUGGGAUUCUUUUGUAACUGAGUCUUAUGUUCUGUAGUGUUAGGCAAAGUCUCCUCUUGCUUGAUACUAAAUAAACUUUUGAAAGAA